GCGUAAACUGUAUGAAAACAACAGUGGGAACUCGCAUGUCUGUACAUGUCUGUCAUAAAGUCGUCUUUCGUAUAAGUUGUAGUCCUGUCAGUCAGCAAACAUGUCGGACAUUUUGGUGAGAAUAAAAAACAGCAUCGCGGAGAAAAAGAAGGCGGAUGUUGCUCAAAGUGACCUGAAGAAAUGGGGAUUGAGAGGGAUACAGCUGAGACCCUACCAGCUGGACGGUGUGCACUGGUUAACUCAGUGCCUGAAGAACCAGCAGGGAUGCAUCUUAGGAGACGAAAUGGGUUUGGGCAAAACCUGCCAGACGAUCUCUCUGCUGGUGUACAUGUCAGGGGCCCUCGGGAAGAAAGGACCAUUUUUGGUGCUGAGCCCACUCUCUGUCCUGGAGAACUGGAGGAAUGAGUUGGAAAGCUUCGCUCCCUCACUGACGGUCCUGGUUUACAAAGGAGACAAAGAAAGGCGGGCAGAGAUCCAGCAGGAGGUGAACUUUCAGGACUUCCAUGUUCUUCUCACUACAUAUGAGCUGUGUCUCAAAGAUGCAUCAUUCUUGAAACGGUGGAAGUGGAAGGUGCUUGUGGUUGAUGAAGCUCACAGGUUGAAGAAUCAAAACUCGCUGUUGCACAAAACUUUGACAGAGUUCUUCGUGGGAUUCAGAGUCUUGCUGACAGGGACUCCCAUUCAGAACAACCUGCAGGAGCUCUACUCCCUGCUGAGCUUCAUCCAGCCCAGCAUCUUUAUACCAGAAGACACAGACAGCUUUGUCAACUCUUACUCCGAUGUACAAAGUCAGCCUGCCUUGGCUGCUGAGCUCCAAAGCAUCCUGGAGCCCUUCCUGCUCCGUAGAGUCAAGUCUCAGGUGGCCGUUGAUCUGCCCAAGAAAACCGAGCUGGUGGUUUAUCACGGCAUGUCCGCUCUGCAGAAGAAAUACUACAAAGCUGUUCUGAUGAAGGAUCUGGAGGCUUUUGGAAAUGACCAAGGCAGCAAGACUCGGCUGCUGAACAUCUUGAUGAACCUGAGGAAGUGUGUUGACCACCCUUAUCUGUUUGACGGAGUUGAGCCAGAGCCCUUUGAGAUGGGGGAACAUCUCAUUGAAGCCAGUGGAAAACUUUGUCUUCUGGACAGCAUGCUGACAUUCCUCCACAAAGGGGGCCAUCGGAUCCUGCUGUUCUCUCAGAUGACGAGGAUGCUCGAUAUUCUCCAGGACUACAUGGAGUACAGAGGUUACAGCUACGAACGUCUGGAUGGGUCAGUCCGAGGGGAGGAACGAAAUCUAGCAGUGAAGAACUUCAGCAGCAAAGAUGUCUUCGUCUUUCUGCUCAGCACUAAAGCCGGGGGAGUAGGGAUGAACCUGACAGCUGCUGACACUGUCAUUUUUGUGGAUAGUGACUUCAACCCUCAAAAUGACUUGCAGGCUGCCGCACGCAGCCACCGGAUUGGUCAGAACAGGCCUGUGAAAGUGAUCCGCCUCCUGGCACGAGACACUGUGGAGGAGAUCAUGUAUUCUCGCGCUGUGUCCAAGUUGCAGCUCACCAACACUGUUAUUGAAGAAGGCCGCUUCUCUUUACUGGAUCAAGCUCAGUCAGCUGCAGGAGGGCUGCAGCUAAGUGAGAUCUUGAAGUUUGGCAUUGAUAAGCUUUUGUCAUCUGAUGAGAGCUCCAUACAAGAUGUGAAACUGGAGAAGAUCCUUGGCCUGUCACGUAAUGGUCAUUGGGUGGAUGAUGAGGACUACUCCCAGCUUGAAGAAAAUGAAGAGGAAGAUGAGGAAGGGAAAGGAUCUGAAGCCGACAGGCAGAACCACAUGUACUUCUUUGAGGGGAAAGACUACAGUAAGGACCCCAGCUCUGAGGACCAGAAGAGCUUUGAUCGUUUGUUGGAGGAGCAGCUGACCGAGUUUCAGAGAGCAGCAGGAGAGGGACGAGCUCUGCGACACAAAACUGGAGUUUCACUGUCGGUAGCCCUUGGGAUUCCAACGAGGAAGAGGAAGCCUGUCACGGAGGCUGAGCUGGAGCUGAGGCGGCAGAGGAAGGAGGAGGCUGCAGCCAAGAGAGCCAAAAUGCAGGAGGAGAUGAAGAAGAAGCAGGAAGAGCAGAAAUACAAGAAAAAAAUGGCCUGGUGGGAGUCCUCCGGGUACAGAUCUCGGUGCCUGCCGUCUGUGGACAGUGAGGAAGAGGAGGAAGAAGAGGAGGAUGGCAGCAGCAUGUGCUCCACAGACUCUGACAACACAGAUAUCCACUACGUUCUGGGGGAUGUUACUCAUCCUCACACCGCCCAGGGAGACGCUAUCAUUGUCCACUGCAUUGAUGACUCAGGUCGGUGGGGAAGAGGAGGUCUGUUUACAGCACUGGAGGUGAGAUCAGACGAGCCGCGAAAGCAGUAUGAGUUAGCUGGAAAGAUGAAAGAUUUGGAUCUUGGAAGUGUGCUGCUGUUCCCAAUUAAUGACAAACAGUCCAGACUGAACAGCCAAGAUCAAUUAGCCCUAAUAGUGGCACAGCAGCGAGACAAAGCCAACAACUUGUCUGGGAUCUUUCUGAGUGCUCUGGAUGAAGGCCUGAAGAAGAUUUACAAAGCGGCCAAAAGAACCAAGGCAAGUGUUCAUCUUCCACGUAUCGGCCACGCCACCAAAGGUUUCAACUGGUACGGCACGGAGAGGCUCAUCAGGAAGCAUCUUGCUUCCAGAGGCAUCCCCACAUUCAUAUACUAUCAUAGCAGAAAUGUCAAGAACACAGCUAUACCCCAGACAUCCACUUCAGCAUCCUCCCCGGGGCUACAGUUGCAAAAUUCUGAUGACACCGACUCUGCAACCUCCGGACCCUCGGCUACACUCCAGAGCCCUGCAGACCUCCCUAGUUUCAUGAACGGGGUCCGUGUGUUUUUCUACAACUUGCCUGCAUCAGAGAGGAGGAGGCUGGCCCGCUAUCUUAUCACUUAUGAUGGAGAUGAGGAGGAGAUCAUGAGUCCGGAUGUCACCCACAUAGUAGCAGAGGUGGAGAACAACAUCCACUCACAGGAGCUCCAGGAUCUGCUGCGUCAGUACGGUCAGGCUGUUCCUGUGCAGAAGGCCUGGCUCGAGUCCUGCUUUUCCAAACAAACAAGAGUCAACACUGCACAGUACCUACAUCAGCUCAGAUAACACACUGUUUUAUUGGUGUGUUUUUAAAUGACGUCAUUAAAUUGUGCUUCGUCACAAUGAACUCUGAGUUCGCUGUCGGAUGCUUGACACAUAGUGCAGAUCAUUUGAUAGCUAUUAAAAUUCAUUAUUUUUAAGCAGCAUGAGGAGUAAACGAACAACAACAAAGGAGGAGGUUUGAUGUGUUUUACAUAAAUACAUUACUACGUUUAAAAGAAACAUAAAUGACACAAACUCAUUCAUACGUCCAAUUUUGUCAAUUCAGGCUCACAGCUGUCAUCCCUCGACAGGGCACCAGUGCAUCACCGGGCCGACACACAGAGACAGACAACCAUUCAUACCUACUGCCAAUUUAGAAACACUAAUUAGCCUAACAUGCAUGUCUCUGAAACCUAUGCAAACAGAAAUGUGAAUUUAAACCGUGUUUAGUUUGAACUCACAUCCGGUUGAACAGUCCCUGCAGAUAUGAGACAUCUACAAGCUCGUUUUUAACAAAAAUCAACAAACAUGGAAAUAUUUUGGGCUCUGAGUGACUCUGACUAAAAGAGAAUAAUGAGCCAUUCUGAAGUGGACCUAAUCUGCUCCUUUCCAGCUCUGUAUUUUGCUACCUUGAACUCUACUAAAGUAGCUUUGCACUAUUCACUGCUCAUAAAAUAUAGCUUGCUUCUCUCCCUAUAAGAGAAAUCUGUUUUGAUUGGCUGUGUCUCACAAAUAGAAGUUUUGAUCAACAGGUAGGAGGUGCUUCUGGGCUGCCGUGACCAUAUUAUCAGUAUCCCCCUGUCACUGACAUCAUACUUAGCUGCAGGCAGGUUUUUCCCCACUCUCAUUGUUUAGAGAAGUCUGAGGCCUGAGCUCACAGGAAUUACUGGAAACUGCAUUUUUAUCUGGAAGCCCGCAUGAAGAGUAAAUUAUUAACUGGUGAGUUUUUCUAAAUCUCCUCUUGGACACAAAUUUACCCCUUCAUGCUGUUGGUAUGGGACCACAUUGAUGAUCUUAUUACACUGAGAUUCUUGAUGUAGGUGAUCACUGAACUCAGGUUUCUCUUAAUUUUAAGAAAGUUUUGUCACAUCCAGUUUUAUUAAAUCUUUAUGACCACAAACAGUGAGAUGACUGGAUAGAUGUGGGUAUAAGCUGAAUAUCUAUGAUAAAGAAACGGGCGAGGCAAGUUCAAGUUGUAUAGGAAGGGGAAAAAAUGAUCCUAAUGUAACUAUAGAUUCAUUAUACAGGUUCAUAUCCUUUACUCUGACCUUGACCUGAGGCAUCUCAGGAUCCAAGUGAUUCAUGGUUUCCAGAAUAAAAUUCUGUGCUUGCUUUUAAGAUUUUAAGGCAGUUUCAGUGUCUCUAAUAACAUUUUAUUAGAUUAUAAACUCCUUUAUCAAUAGUCUUACUUCUGAAGGUUACACUUGAAAUAGUCUUGUAGUAAGUUAUUUUAGUUAGUUACAUUUUCAGAGAUUACUUGACUCCAUAUUAAAUGUUUCUUCAAAAUAUGAUAGUAUGAAACCAAAAAGAACCAAACUUUUUUUCAUAACUGAAUGAAAUGUUUUAGUAAAAGUAAUUUCUUUUUAUUGAAUUUUUUUUGCAUAUUUAGAAAAAAAUGAAUAUUUUGGAAUACAUAAAAAAAACGUUUCAUUUUGAAGUAAUUCAAAAUUUUCAGUUUUUAGUUUUCAAUUACAAAAAAAUCCUGUAAUUUCUUGUGCGACACUGCCAAAGAGGAAACUUUUCAACAGAACAUCUAAUGAGCAAAUAAACGGGUUUUAAGA